AUGUUGGUUUCAAUAUUUUUUAUUAUUUUUCUUCUAUUACCUCAAUACGUUCAUGGUAGUUGUUGUCGAUUACCAUUUACUGAUGGUGAUUGUCAAGUCAAUCGAAAAGGUCCUCAUCGAUAUCAAAUUAUGCCUGAUCUUAAAUCAGGUCUAGUAAUGGAAAGUACAGAAUGUCAUAUAAAUGAUUUUGAUGCAAAUUAUCGAAAAGUUAUUGAAACCAAAAAUCCCUGUAAUGAUUGUCCUGGUUUACUUAUUCUUCAUACAAAUUCAUCAGAGAUAUUCUUAUUUCCAGAAUAUCUCGAACGUAUCUUGGAAGGACGAACACCAGUGCAACGAAAAAAUGUAAUUAUAUUAACAACAUCACUUGUUGGAGCAUAUGAUUUAGAUUUUACAUUGUUUUCACGUUAUUAUGCUACUCAUACAGUAGGAGAUGUUCCUUCACUUUAUGUUGAUCUUCAAAUGCCAGUAUUUAAUCCAAAAUUAGAACAUCAACCAAGCUUACGUCUUCGUUUACCUGCUUACAAUGAAGAUAAAGAAGGAUUUUCAAAAGUUAGUAGAAAAGAAUUAAUCAAUCCAAUAGAUAAUAGUGAAUCAGCUGUAGCUAUUAUUCAUCAAUUACCAUAUCUUUAUCAUUUUGAUAUUGAAAAACAUCGUCAUCCACCAAGUCUAUGCACAUUAUACGAUCUUGAACUUACAUCAUCUUCUCUCGAAUGGAAAAUAUUAAAUUCAGAUUUAGCAACAUGUCAUACUUUUAUGCCUUAUCUUGGCCGAAAUAAAUGUUUAGCUACAGGUUUUACACGCAUAUUUUGUCCAAUUGAAGAAAAUAUAUCAAUGGAUGACACUCUUCAAUUACCAUUAUAUUUAAAAACAACAAAUCGUGUUGAACAUCUCACUGUCGCUGUGACAAGAGGUGGUCGCAAGGUUCAAAUGUCAUUAAGUAAUCGUCAAAUGAUACCAGCAGAACAAGUUAAAAUUAUUUUAGUUCAAGGAAAUUUAGUAAUAACUGAUAUUAAUCUUAAUUUAAAUAUUCGAGUUGAAUAUGGAUGGGAUUGUGACGAUUUUAGUCUUGCUGUUCCAGCUGGUUUUAGUGCAACUCGAUAUCGUCGUUUUGAUGGUGACAAUUUAGCUGUUACUGAAGGAAAUAAUGUUAUUACUUUACCAGGUUGUUUUAAAGUAAUACCUAAUUUAGUAAAAAUACCAUCAACAACUAUAAUAAGCGCUCUUCUUCCUUCGGGUUCUGCAUCUGCUUCUCAAUCUGAAGCAGAUGUUGAUUCUGUUGAUGAAAAAGAAUCAGAUGAAAAUGAAAUAAUAACAUCAGAUAUAGAAAAACCACAUAUUCAGGGUGAUUCAGAUUUAAAAAAUACAACAAACGAUCGUGAACAAAAUGUUAUAUCAAACUACUGGAAUUACUUACGCAAUAAUAAUAAUUUAGCUUAUGUUGCAAUUGUUUUAUUAAUAUUAGUUGCUCUUAUACCUUUAUGUCUUGGUAUUUUCUAUCGUGUUUAUUGUACACAACGUCGUAAAUCAAAUUGGACAUUGGAACAUGGUUCACAUACGAAUUCAGCUUAUAAUCCAUCAAAAGAUGAUAAAACUGAUUUAUCAAUUCGUUCUCAUGAUUCUUUUAAUUCUUCAACAACAACAACAAAUAAUAAUGAUUGGCAUCGACUUCUAUUAACUCGUCUUAAACCAACUGUAACAGGAAAAUAUCAAAAGUCAACAAAAAUUGAUAAUAGAUCGAAUACAUAUUUAUCAACAUCAUUUGAAAAUUCCGAUGUUGAAUCACAAUCAGAUAUUAUUGACGAUAGUCAAAUAAUUAUUACUCAAACAGGUAUAAAUUCAUCGGAAGAAUUCAAUACUUAUUUAGAAAAUUCCAUAAGAAAAGAUAAUCAUUAUGUAAAAAAUUUUAUACCAUAUCGAGUUGGUGAUCAUAUGACAUCACUUAAACGACGAGUUAGAAAACAACAAAUGAAACAUUUUCAAAAUCAAGUAACUAUUCUUCAAGAAGCAACUUUUCGAGCACCUCCACCUACAAAUCUCUUUCUAAUGUCAUAUUCGAAACAAUCGGUAUCAUCUCGUCGUUAUAAACAAAAAAAAUCAAGUUGUGUUGUUCCAUUACCACCACUAACAAAUUCUACUAAAGUCAUAUCAAAUCAUGUACAUGAUGUUAAAUUAAGCGUUUAUGAAUGUUAA